AAGUAUUUGAUUGAACGCGAUUUUACAAAGAGUUGGGCAUGCAUGAAUCAUAGCUGCUCAACUCGUCUCACACAGAGCGGUAUGCUUCGGCGUUUCUCCGGCUUUGGUCUUGCCGCUGGUGGCUGUAGGUCACAGCCACCUGCAGACGGUUGUUAGCAUCAUGUUCUGCAACUGCCAGAUGCGGAAAACCUUCAUUGCGUGCCUCAUUGCCGCGCGUCCGCCUCGUGUUCGGCUCUCGUCACCUCUUGUUCUUCACCUUCAUCUCCGCCCGCUACCUCACGAUGGCUGACCUGGCCGAUAUGCCGCCUCUCGUGGACCGACCUGCGUCAGAUACUGCUUCGCGAGAACCGUCAUCGCCUCCUCCUCAUGCUGUUCAUCCUCAAUACGUCGAUGCCCCGUUCGUAUACGCACCUGGGGCGCAAAUGCCGCCAAUGUCGCCCUGGGGCAAUCAACGCGCAGAUAACGGUGUGACGUGGAGCCCAUACCCUCCUUCACAGUCGAUGUCCCCUUCGCAAUGGCUGCCUCAUCCUUCCUCACAAUGGGCCUCAAUGCCUCCCUAUUUCGCGGCACCAGGAGCACAGCCUGCGCCCGUGAAUCCGACAAUGUCCAGAGGGGCCGAUUGGUGGCAACGAGAUGCAAUGUCGGACGAUACCCCAGAUCGCCAACAAUCCGACUACUUUGGAAAGCCAGAGGAGAGCGGUUGGCAUUCCUCGCGGUCGUCUUCGCGUCCUCUUAGCCCACUUUCAAAUUCGACGCCCAGCCCGCUCUCCUCCAAUUCUGGCGUGUCGCGCUCUCGUUCCAUGCGCUCCUUUGGCGGAGAGAGCGCGAAAAGGCCACCGCGCGACUGGAGGGUUGACUUCAGCAUGUCUAAAUCGCUGAGCUUGGGAGCUUCUCUGGGCUCUCUCGUGGGAAGAGCCCGGUCUGUUACUAUGCCUGGUGGCAAUGCGCCAAAAAUGCCCAAGCUACAUCCGUACCUGCGGCAUUUGAGCUCAACGCCGCCAAUGCACCUCGAUCUGCGGUUGAGCCCGUCAACGCUGCGAUUCCGCACGCUUGACCGACGCGUAAACGAAUGGGAUUUGACGCGUUUUGCAUGCGAGCCACCGGUCCCGAUAGUGCGGUUGUACAAUCCGCACUACCCAUGGUAUAUCGAUGUGAACAGCAGCAACCCGGCCGGAGUGACGCUGCACGAGUUGUUCGGCGCGAUCUACCAGUCGAUGAUGACACCCAUAACGCACGCCGAUUACUGGAACAGCGAGAUGGAUGAGGCCCUGCGGGAGCGGAUUGCCUAUGCUUGGGUGGAGCGAUGUGCGGACGAUGAAGAACGCAAGAAAGGCGUCCUGCGAGUGGACUUCCUGAUGGACCGUGUGAUCAUGGAAGGCCUAGUGAAGGGGAAGGACGGUAUGUGGGAGAUGAAGAUCAAGAAACUGUAAAUUCUGCUCUCUGUGCUUUCGGCCUUGCUUUGUGUUGUGCUCAUUGCGAAACGUCAUACUCACAUUCAUCUGUACCAUACGAGCUACAUCACAGUCAUCUUCUGCUAUCAGCGCUUAUCAUUCAUCGCAUCGGAAAUUUACGCAUUUUUACCCAAGCGCACAUGGAAAGCAUUUGGUUAUCUGGAUUAGUCUUGUGUUGUGUCUCUGUAGGCUUGCUUGAACUGUAUGGACCUUGGCUGUGACAAUUUACUGGGAAACUGUCUAAUGUUCAUUCUUCGAGGAUCCGUUUGAUUUUGCCAGUGGAUUCUUUGUCAUAAAGACUGCUCCUAGCAUCUCCCCG